AUGCCUAGCCAGGGAGCAGUUCCUCAGCCUUCGGCUGGUACGGCUGGUAUCUCCUACCCUAUGGAUCACUUCAGUCUGGAUCAGCCGACCUCCACCAAGAACUUCCUCAACAACCAGAUGGUGGAGUCGAAGACCGACAAGUGGAUUGAUGUGAAUGACCCAGCAACUCAACAAGUCGUCACCAGAGUCCCUGAGACUACGAGCGAAGAAUUGAAGGCCGCAGUGGACUCUGCACAGAAGGCAUUCCCGGAAUGGAGGAACACGAGUAUCAUCAAGCGCCAACAGAUCAUGUUCAACCUCGUCCACUUGAUCCGCAAGAACAUGGACCGCCUCGCAGCCUCAAUCACCCUCGAACAGGGCAAGACCUUCGCCGAUGCAAAGGGUGACGUCCUUCGCGGUCUUCAAGUCGUCGAGUCUUGCGUCAACAUCCAAUCUCUCAUGGGCGAGUCAGUCGAGGUCUCGACCGACAUGGAUACCUACACUAUGCGCGAGCCGCUCGGUGUUGUUGCCGCCAUCGCACCUUUCAACUUUCCCGCCAUGAUUCCCCUAUGGUGUCUUCCCGUCGCCGUCGUAACCGGAAACUGUCUCGUUCUGAAACCCUCUGAGCGCGAUCCCGGCGCAGCCAUGAUCAUUGCCGAGUUGGCCAAGGAAGCCGGUCUCCCUGCCGGUGUCUUCAACAUCGUCCACGGAACCCACAAGACCGUCGACUUCAUCCUCGACGAACCCCGCAUCAAGGCUAUCUCCUUCGUUGGAUCCGAUAAGGCCGGAGAAUACAUUUACCGCCGCGGAACCGCGAACGGGAAACGCGUUCAAGCGAACUUGGGCGCCAAGAACCACGGUGUCCUCAUGCCCGACGCAAACAAGAACCACGCACUCAACGCCCUCGCCGGAGCCGCGUUCGGAGCUGCCGGACAGCGUUGUAUGGCACUCUCCACCCUCGUCUGUGUCGGUGAAGCGAAGAACUGGCUCCCCGACCUCGUCGAACGCGCAAAAGCCCUCAAAGUCACCGGUGGCUUCGAGCAAGGUGCAGACCUCGGCCCCGUCAUCUCCCCCCACGCAAAAACCCGUAUCGAAGGCCUCAUCCAAUCCGGGGUUGAUGAGGGCGCAGAGCUCAUGCUGGACGGACGCGGCUACAAACCCGAUAAAUACCCCAAGGGAAACUGGAUCGCACCUACGAUCUUGGGCGGCGUUCGUACUGACAUGCAAUGCUACCAACAGGAAGUCUUUGGUCCGGUGUUGGUGUGUCUGAACGUCGACACUCUUGACGACGCAAUCGAGCUCAUCAACAACAACAAAUACGGAAACGGUACCGCGAUCUUCACUCAAUCCGGUGCUACCGCCCGUCGUUUCCAGAAGGAUAUCGAGGCCGGCCAAGUCGGAAUCAAUGUCCCCAUUCCCGUGCCUUUGCCGUUGUUCUCCUUCACCGGAAACAAGGGGUCGAUUUUGGGAGAUCUGAACUUCUACGGGAAGGGUGGGGUUCAGUUUUAUACGCAGUUGAAGACAGUCACGGCGUUGUGGAAGCAUGAGGAUGCCGUUGCUACGAGGGCGAAUGUGGAGAUGCCUACGCAUAACUAA